GUUUGUUUGUCAGUGAACAAUAGUGAAUUGAAUUGAAUGUGAAUUGAAUAGUUACAAUAAAGUAUUUGUAUUCUCUUUGUUGGUACUUGGUGGCCGGUGGCGUUCCCCACAGUGUUCCCCUUUUGCUCCUAUAUUACUUGCUCUGUGGUGCCCUUUUGCCUACCUACUUUACUCAUUGCGUGUGCGUGGUUUUUGGAUUUUUGUAAGAAUGUCGUCUUCGCACGAGGCCGUCUUUAACCCAGUAGAUUUCUUAAAGCUACUUUAUGCAGACGAAGAGGAGGAGUAUCAACGUGACGUGGAGGAUUACGAUGAAGAGGGGAGCCGGCCGCAGACACCAGACGCUCUUCCCUAUUCGCCACUUAAAUCGCCAAAACGCGAGAGUAUAGAAGGGAGGAGCGACUUAAGAGCGAGGUCGAGGUCCCCAAUUUGGCUUCAGCCAUCUGAAUCAGCGCCAAGAGUGGUUGUAGGAAUUAAUGACGAAGAUCGCACGCCAUUGGAAGCCGAAGACCCAAACACAUUUUUGACCGCUGACGCCCACACUAUUUUUAUGUCCAAAAAUUUGAGUGAAAGAAGGAGUGGACGAAGGGGUGGCCGAAGGGUUGGAGGGCGAGGCAAUCGGGGUGGACGAGUAAGGAGUGUACGUGGGCGUGGGCAAGGCCGUAGGGGUCCUCAGUGGGAGGUAGGACACCCAUUGAAUGAAAUUUGGGUGACAGAUGAUGAUGUGCCAGAUGAAUUGAGAAAUAUGGUAAUGGAUAUUUAUAAUAACAGAAUGCAAGGUCGCGAUAGGAACAGGCCUGAAAGAGGAACGGAAAGCGAGAAUGAAGAUGAUGAUGAGUUUUUCGAUGCUGAUGAAUGUAGGGACUUUGAAUGGACUUCUAUGGAGUCAUUUCAGGGGAAGGAGGAAACGUUUUUACCAGUAGUUACUGGUUCGACUCAGGUAUUUAAUUCGGCCUAUGAUGCUUUUCGUUCCUAUUGGGACGAUGGCAUCUUAGAUCUGAUUGUGUCUGGGGCGAACCAGUAUGCUUCUGAAAUAACGUCUUCCUCUUUCCAGUCUGAAUGGUACGCUACCAACAUCCACGAAAUUUUGUGCCUUUUUUCUUUCUGGAUGAUGCUGGGCAUCAUAAAAAUGCCAACCAUCACCAGUUGUUUUUCCACCCAUCCACUCUUAAUGACCGAAGUCUUCAAACGGAUCUUCACUCGCAAGAGGUAUGAAAAUUUGACAAGAGCCCUCAAUUUUAUAGAAGUCGACCCCGGUUAUGAUGCUUAUACCUCUGAUCGUCUAUACAGAUUAAGACCAAUAAUAUUGCACCUAAAUGAGAAAUUUCAGUCGAAUUAUGUAUUAGACAAAGAUAUUUGUAUAGACGAGAGCUUAACGCUUUCGAAGGGGAGAUCGGAUAUUUGGUCAAAAUCUGCGAAGUUUGGAAUCAAAACUUUCGAAUUGUGUGAGAGUGUCACUGGCUACCUUUGGUCGUUUAUUGUUUACACGGGUAAAGAAUCCUCAGCGGAUUUAGAACAGGCACAUGGUGUACUUAAAAGAACAGCUGUCGUAAAAAAGCUAAUGGCACCUUUGCUUCGCAAAGGAUAUCGAUUAUUUAUGGAUUUUUGGUAUAAUUCACCUCUUUUAGCUAGAUUUCUUAAACGUAACGGCACCGACCUCAUCGGAACUAUAACACCAUCCCACCGAGAUGUUCCCGUUCUAAUAAAUAAGGCUCCGCUAAAAAGGGGAGAGAUUAUUGCCAGACAUUCCGGCGAUGUCUCGGUGUUAUCAUGGCAAGACAAAAAACGUAUAACCAUGAUUUCUACUUGUCAUGGUUCAUAUACUGCCUUGCCUAGAGUUCAAUCUAAACAUAUGUCUCGUGCAGUACCAUACAAACCACAAGUGGUACUGGACUAUAAUAAAUUCAUGGGGGGAGUGGAUCUCAAAGAUCAAAUGCUAGAGCCUUAUUUAUUGGAACGGAAACGUUGUCAAAAAUGGUCCAUGAAACUUUUCAAAUGGCUGCUCAGUGUUUCCAUCCUUAAUUCACGUAUUCUUCUUCAGUCAUCCACUAAUAAAUUACAUGAUCAUUUAGCUUUCCGCCUUCAACUAGUAGACUCUAUCCUCGCAAAUCACCUUUCUCAUUGUCCUCAAGGUCGCAGUUAUGCUGUAUCCAGCAGUAGAUCACAGCACCAAGAACUUGGGAGACUGAUACCUGUUGCACAUUGGCCCACUUUGCUGCCACAAACCCGUGGUAAUUCAGCAGAAAACCGCUCUUUUCGAAAACGGUGUGUUGUUUGCCUUCGGGAAGGGAGGAAGUCAAUAAAAACCACCUUUUCUUGUGAAACUUGCGGUGUCCCACUGUGCAUACAAAAUUGCUUUAAAACAUAUCACACAUCCUAAUCAUGCUUUUCUUUUUCUACUUCUUUCCAUCCAAUUAUUCAUAAAUAAUCAAAUAUUGCAUCGUGUUUCAGUUCGCAAUAAUCUUUGAAACUACUGAAUGGAUUUUCAGGUUUACCCGUGUGAAUAAUCUUUGAAACUACUGAAUGGAUUUUCAGGUUUACCCGUGUGAAUAAUCUUUGAAACUACUGAAUGGAUUUUCAGGUUUACCCGUGUGAAUAAUCUUUGAAACUACUGAAUGGGUUUUCAGGUUUACCCGUGUGAAUAAUCUUUGAAACUACUGAAUGGAUUUUCAGGUUUACCCGUGUGAAUAAUCUUUGAAACUACUGAAUGGGUUUUCAGGUUUACCCGUGUGAAUAAUCUUUGAAACUACUGAAUGGGUUUUCAGGUUUACCCGUGUGAAUAAUCUUUGAAACUACUGAAUGGGUUUUUAGGUUUACCCGUUUGAAUAAUCUUUGAAACUACUGAAUGGAUUUUCAGGUUUACCCGUGUGAAGCCGGGGGGGGGGGGGAUAUAAUAUAUAUUUUGCAAUAGGCACAAAAUUUCAUUUUGGUUUUACGGUAGCUAUUUGAAAGGUAUUUAUGAGAGAAGUGAGAGAUAUUUGAAGUGCUGAGUGUUUGGUGUGUGGGCGUCGGUUUAGUGGCUUAGUAGUAGAAGUACCAAUUAUUUCAUAGAUUUGUGUCAUAUUCAAUAAUUCCGCUGAAUAAGAAUUUUAUGGAAAUGCCACCGAUUAGGAAAUACACAUAUUCCAGCAAUGUAUUUAUUUCAAAUUGAGAACCUAUUGCUGUUUUUGAAGAGAGUUAAAAUACACAUUAUGUACAUAUUUGUUUUUGUAAUAGAAUCCAUAAAAAUAGGAAACUUGUUUGAGGUUUUCAGGACUACCUUCUUUCUUCUCCGUGAUUGAGUUGAACGCAAUGGUGAUGAUGAUGAUGAUGAUGAUGAACAUUAUAACCACUGUUUAUAUUUUUCGUGCAAAUAAAGCAAUUGUAACUUA